UUCCCUUUCAGCGACUAUGUCUAAGAGAGGACGUGGUGGGUCAUCGGGAGCCAAGUUCCGCAUCUCACUGGGUCUCCCAGUGGGAGCGGUCAUCAACUGCGCUGACAACACAGGUGCAAAGAACCUGUACAUCAUUUCCGUCAAAGGCAUCAAGGGUCGUCUGAACAGGCUGCCUUCCGCCGGUGUGGGUGACAUGGUUAUGGCCACAGUGAAGAAAGGCAAGCCAGAGCUCAGGAAAAAGGUGCAUCCUGCGGUGGUCAUACGACAGCGGAAGUCGUAUCGGCGAAAAGAUGGCGUGUUUCUAUACUUUGAAGACAAUGCUGGGGUCAUAGUGAAUAACAAAGGAGAAAUGAAAGGCUCCGCCAUCACAGGACCUGUAGCCAAGGAAUGCGCAGACCUGUGGCCCAGGAUUGCUUCUAAUGCUGGCAGCAUUGCCUGAGCACACAUUUUGGCUUGUCGUUUUCAAUAAAGUACUCAAAAGUG